AAAGGGACGGGGGCGCGUAUAGCAAACGACCCUUGUGUGGACUGAUAGAAGGUCGUCAGGGACACCGGUGCAAAAUGUUUGAAUAUCAGACGAGGCAGCGCGGCUGUUGGUGAUGACUACCAUCAAGAUUUUUACCAUGGCGGUAGGAGUGUGCGCACAAGGGGUUGCAGGGUGUGCACAAACACUCUCCAGGGACCGAGAUCAUGAAAAACAUUUGCCCUUCGUCGCGCUUGUGCUUGUCGCUGUCGCUCGCUCAAACUUGUGCUCGACUGCUCGGCGUUUGGACAUUGACGUUGGGCAAGGCGUGGUCUGUCGUCUGUUGCCCCCCGAGAUGAGGUUGCAAAACGCUGGAAUGCGUCGAGACCAGUCCGGUUCGUCGGAUCUUUAGCGCAUCUCGGCUUGCGAUAGCGAGGUGAACCGUCGCAUCAAACUCUCGCCGUUACGAAAAUCGCAG